CCCCCCCCCCCCCCCCGCUGCCGUAGGCUGAUGUGGCGUCGCGGGAGGAGGUACACCACCAUGGAGCUGCUGUUCGUGGUGACACUCUUGUGGAGCGAGGCGCUUUGCGGAUCUCCGAGCGUCCAGAUCGGUGGGUUAUUCCCCAGAGGCGCAGACCAGGAGUACAGUGCAUUCAGAGUUGGCAUGGUUCAGUUUGGGAUGGCAGAUUUCCGACUGACUCCACACAUUGAUAACUUGGAGGUGGCCAACAGCUUUGCUGUCACUAACUGCUUUUGCUCCCAGUUCUCUCGAGGUGUCUACGCCAUCUUUGGCUUCUACGACAAGAAGUCAGUAAACACCAUCACAUCCUUCUGUGAGACAUUACACGUCUCCUUCAUCACGCCUUCCUUCCCAGCUGAAGGAAUGAAUCAGUUUGUUCUCCAGAUGAGGCCUGACAUCAAGGGGCCGCUGGUUUCACUAGUUGAGUACUACAAAUGGGAAAAGUUUGCCUAUCUCUACGACAGUGAUCGAGGUCUUUCUACUCUACAGGUAAUACUGGACACUGCAGCAGAGAAAAAAUGGGUUGUCACUGCAAUCAAUGUAGGAAACCUCAAAGAUGAGAGGAAGGAUGAAGCCUAUCGCUCGCUGUUCCAGGACCUGGAGAUCCGUAAAGAGAGACGCAUAAUCCUGGACUGUGAACAAGACAAAGUCAGAGACAUCAUGGAGCAGGUGAUCACUAUAGGCCGACAUGUGAAGGGGUACCACUACAUCAUUGCCAACUUGGGUUUUGUAGAUGGGGACCUCUCUAAAAUCCAGUAUGGAGGUGCAAAUGUGUCUGGGUUCCAGAUAGUAGAUUUUGAUGAUCCUGUGGUGGCAAAGUUUGACCAGCGAUGGGAGGCCCUUGAAGAGAAGGAGUACCCAGGAGCUGAUAUUCGGAUCAGAUAUACCUCAGCCCUCACUUAUGAUGCUGUCCACGUGAUGACGGAGGCGUUCCGCUUCCUUCACAAGCAAAGAAUAGACAUGAGUCGCCGUGGCAACAGUGGAGACUGUCUAGCCAAUCCAGCAGUUCCCUGGGCACAGGGGGUGGAGAUUGAACGUGCCCUCAAACAGGUGCGUGUGGAUGGUUUGACCGGGAACAUUCAGUUUGACCAGUACGGCAAGAGAAUCAACUACUCAGUGACCGUCAUGGAGCUGAAGAACAGUGGACCUGUUAAGAUUGGCUAUUGGAAUGAGGUGGAUAAAAUGGUGGUGACAAAGUCGGACCUUUACCCCAACGACACCAUGGGAAUGGAAAACAAGACUGUCAUCGUCUCAACUAUUCUGGAAGCCCCCUAUGUAAUGCUGAAGAAGAACUCUGAGCAGUUUACCGACAAUGAACGCUAUGAAGGUUACUGUGUUGACCUGGCUGCUGAGAUUGCAAAGCACUGUGGUAUCCGCUACCAGUUGAGAAUUGUGGGAGAUGGCAAAUAUGGGGCAAGAGAUGCAGAUACCAAGAUCUGGAAUGGUAUGGUUGGAGAGCUGGUGUAUGGGAAAGCCGAUAUAGCCGUUGCUCCUCUGACGAUCACGCUCGUUCGUGAAGAGGUGAUCGAUUUCUCCAAGCCCUUCAUGUCUUUGGGAAUCUCCAUCAUGAUCAAGAAGCCGCAGAAAUCUAAACCUGGAGUCUUCUCCUUUCUGGACCCACUGGCCUAUGAAAUCUGGAUGUGCAUUGUCUUUGCCUAUAUUGGAGUUAGUGUUGUACUCUUUCUGGUAUCCAGAUUCAGCCCCUAUGAGUGGACGCUAGAGGAACCAGAGGAUGGCGCGAUGCCGCUGACCACUGAAUCCACCAAUGAGUUUGGGAUCUUUAACUCCCUUUGGUUCUCUUUGGGUGCUUUCAUGCGGCAGGGUUGCGAUAUUUCACCAAGAUCCCUGUCAGGUCGUAUAGUGGGGGGGGUGUGGUGGUUUUUCACCCUGAUCAUCAUCUCAUCAUACACUGCCAACUUGGCUGCCUUCCUGACGGUGGAGAGGAUGGUGUCUCCCAUCGAGAGCGCCGAAGACCUGGCCAAACAGUCAGAGAUUUGUUAUGGAACGCUGGACUCUGGAUCCACCAAAGAGUUCUUCAGGCGCUCAAAAAUCGCCCUGUUUGACAAAAUGUGGCAGUACAUGAAAUCAGCGGAGCCUUCUGUCUUCGUUAAGAAAACGUCAGAGGGCGUCUUGCGCGUCAGAAAGUCCAAAGGGAAGUACGCCUACCUGCUGGAAUCCACCAUGAACGAGUACAUCGAGCAGAGGAAACCCUGCGACACGAUGAAAGUGGGAGGGAACCUCGACUCCAAAGGCUACGGCAUCGCCACGCCAAAAGGAUCCCCAUUAAGAAAUGCUGUGAACCUGGCGGUGUUAAAGUUGAACGAGCAGGGGCUGCUGGACAAACUGAAAAACAAGUGGUGGUAUGACAAGGGAGAAUGCGGCAGCGGAGGAGGGGAGAGCAAGGAGAAGACCAGCGCCCUGUCCCUCAGUAACGUAGCAGGAGUCUUCUACAUCCUGGUUGGAGGUCUGGGUCUGGCCAUGAUGGUAGCGCUGGUAGAGUUUUGCUACAAGAGCCGUGCAGAGGCCAAAAAAAUGAAGAUGAAAUUCACAGAUGCAAUGCGCUCCAAAGCUCGUCUAUCCAUCACAGGAUCGACUAGUGAGAAUGGUCGUGUCCCGGUGGCUUACCUGCGUCCAGGAUUACCCAUGAGCCUCAGCAUGACUGAUAUGUCCUGACCACACCCGAGCCAGUGCCUUACAGCCAAUCAACACACAUCCUCCCUCCCCCUCUGAAAGUGAGUGGAAAUGCUUGUCACCCUCCUUCAGGUGACCACUUACCACUCAACAUUGGUGAUCUGCCCUGAUUUUCAAUCCGGAGUUUAGCCAAUCAUUUCUCUUUGAGGACUCCUGAUCUGCUAUUUAACAUCUGGCCGAAAAAGACUGGACAGAUGUUGUCCUCCCACCGCUUGGCUGUCAGGCUUUAGCAAAGACCUGCCCACCAACGAAGUGAAUCCCUCGACCGUCAACGAGAAAGAUGGCUGUUGGUCAUAUACAAAUUCCUGAAAAAACAAUCAAGCACAGUGGACAAUUUUCUAAACAAACACACAUCAUUGUUCCGUAGAUGUUCGCCAUGGAGGCUAUAGAAACUAAGGACAACAGUGAUGCUGACGUUAACGCAAUAACAACACUAAUCAGGGAUGUGAUCAGGCAUUGUGGGUCUAAAACUAGAAUCUUGUUUAAAUGAGUUUGAGUGCAAUGAAAAAAAACGUCCUGAAAAAUUGCAUCCAUGACAAAAUAGUAAUUAUAAUAGCAAAUAAUGAUAAAGAUGUUAUUGAUCUUAAUUGUUUUUUUCUGCCUGAAUAUCCCUAAUUAGUAGAGACCCAGGAGAUGCAUGGACUGACACACUCACACACACGCACACACAUACAUACAAAACCACCGGUAUGAAUACAUACACCAUACACAGGGAUGGGCAAAAACUGAUCAAAAUGUAUGAUAAUACAAAGUAGCUUUCACAAUUUAAGCCCAUAUUUGUAGGAUUUUAGCAUUUCUGAUGGUUAGACCUACCUGUAGCAUCAAAGAGCAACAAACAAAAGCAGAUUUGCUCAUUAUUUUAUGUAAGUUGUAAGCCAUUCCAAUAGUAGGAAGAACACUACAAAAGUCCCAAAUGGAUUAAGUGAUUGAAAGUAAAAAUAAUAUAUUUCAAAUCUAUUCAUACACAAAUAUACUACUGCAUUUUAUAGUGUCUUUAACCACUUUUACUAACCUGUUUAUGCAGUUUAAGCUUAACCUUUAAAAAUGAUUGUUUUGGCUGCGUGAAACACACACCCCAUCUUUUUAAAUGGUAUUAUAGCCAUUAAAAAUACUUUUAAACUACUUUGGUACUACUUAAUGGUAACAACAGAAUUAUAUUUAUUGCAUUUUUAUCAUAUAGAUAUUUUUUCGAGAUGGGUCAUCCAUCAGACAGGAGCAUGAGGGGGACGUUGGUCAUUGGAAUAUGAAACGCACCGCUUGCGUAUUUAAUUAAUGCCGGUGUUUAAUUAAGGUGUGAAUUGUCUGAGCCACAUGUCAGCUGCAUCAGGUUUCAGUUCUGUUUCAGACCAUUGCUUCAGGUGAAGCUUCAGACCAGGUGCAGGUUGUUUAUUCAUAGUAUACUUAGAAAGUUUUCAUCAUCCAUCUUUGUCUGCAUGUGACGUGUUGCAAGUCAAGACACAAAGAGAAAAAUUUACAUUGUUCUCGGCGAGCUAAACGUUAAAGGCACAGUGCAUUUGUGGUGUGUUUGGAAGGUUUGUCCCCUCUGUGGGUAGCAUUAACUGUGCAACAUUUAAAAUGGCUACAACUUGUACAUGAACAUUUCAAAAGUUCUUUCUUUAACGGCCAUUUUGUAAUAGAACUAAUUGACUUCACUUAAACCAAUAACAGCAUUACUGUUGAGAAGCCUCUUUCUCUUGUAUGCUGUCUUUGAAAGAUCUUUGAAAAUUGAGCCACUGUUCUUGUUAAACAGCAAGAGGGUCGGAAAGAAGAUGGAAUUAAUAUACAUUUCUAAGUGAGAGAUCGACACAAAUUGUCUACCCUAAUAGUGCCCAUACAAGCCAUUGUGAUCUCGCUAGAUUAAGAUAACGCCACUCUGACAUCAAGAGGGUAUGUUCAUACAAUACUUAAAUACUAGUCAGACAUGUUGCCCAUCCCUGUCUGUAGGUCAGUACACCCAUACAGACAAAAACACAUAUCCUCAAUCCCAGUACAUCACUACACACUUACAUACAGUCAGAGCCAAACAUUUUGCUCGUGCACAGGCACAUCGUAUUGUCAAAUGAGUUCUGAUGCCAACUGGAUGAAGUGCCAAACAGAGUGAGAACCAAUCAGAGCUUUCCAUGCUCAGCCAAUGGCAGCUGCUGAUACUGAAACCUGAGCCAAUAGGAGCUCUCACUGCUGUGAGGUGGACAAGAAACUGUGAACAAAGACCUUUCUACUGAUUAAUUUACUGCACUGAUGAUGGCAACGGGGAUGAAGAGAACGAAGAGAACUUUUGCAUGUCACUUUGAGUUUUUUCUUUCAGAUAAACUUGUCAGCCUAAAGCGUUGUGCCUGGCUGCAUUUUAGUGUUUAAUAAUGAUAGUAAUAAGAAUAAUAUUAACAAUAUUAAUUGCAGUAUUAAUGUGGUUCUUGUUAUGUAUAGUGUAUGUUUUUAAGAACUCAAAUCUGCUACUUUCUUUCACCAAGGAGCUGUUAUUUGUGCUGUUAGUUAGAAGCAAGCCGGUGGCUGAAAAGCUUCUCACGCAACAUGAUUAAAUGCCCAAGACGCGAUCAACGUCUGGUUUAAGUUGAGCUGAAAAUGUCAAGGGAUCUACUUCAUUUUCUUCUAAUGGUCUCAUAUCAUUUUUGCAAUGACCACAUGUUGUAAUUAUCAGAGGUAUUUUGAUGUUGUUAUUAUGUGACAAGGAGUUACCACGGGAUGGCCCCCAAACAUGACAACCACUGGGAGGAAUGUGGAAAUGAUCACCUUCACUGACAGCUUUGCUUCUGGUAUAAUUUCAUUUUCUAUUAAACACAUCACUUUUGAACAACAUAUUUUUUGUUGCCUUCCAACAGAGCAAAAUAAGCAUUGGAUUAAUGGACCCCCCCCAAAAGUGUGUUUGUUUUUUUACAAAUAUUAACACCUGUGUGAUAUGACCCUUUUCAGUAUAUAUUAAACAUGCCUGGGUUGUGAAUUUGACAGAGGAGAGCAUUGUUCAUUUUAUAUUUCCUUCCCCUUGCAUAUCCUAAAAUCCACUCAGAAGUAUUUGUGCCUAAACUUAACCAAACCUGUUACCAGUCUUGCACUGAAUGCACACGUGCAAAUAGUUUGGGAGAGGCAGUGCAUAGAAGGGCGCCAUAGACUUACCAUGCGGUCAACCUGGAGGCUACUCCCCCUUACAUCAGAAUGUUAACCUGGCCUCCCCUCUCUGAUAUUUUCUGCUAUAAUUAAGAUUUUAUACUUUAGAAAUUACACUAUAACCCCUAGAAUCAGAUUAGAGUAACGAAAAGUUGGUAAUUCUGAGAUGCACUGAACUUGUCAUCCUUUCUUGUCUGCUGUAAAAUAUUUGCUGACAUAACUUUUACAGUUUCCAGUCAAAGCCAGAAUCCCCAUUGGAUGGACUUUGUGGAGGUUAGUCUUUGGGGUGGCAGCUCUCUUUGGAUGAACUAGUGGAAAGGUCUGUGGUGCAUCUGAGUAUUGUGUAGGAGACUGUCACUCACAUCCUCAUGAGGACCAUCAAUUAAAGCUCCACUGUGGAGUUUUUGUAAACUAAUAAAGGUUCUGAUAUUCUUCAGUGUCACUCACCAAA